CGAGUCCAUGUAAGGACACACACAGGGGAAAAGCCUUACAAAUGUGGUCAGUGUAGUUUCGCUAUUACCCAUAAAUCUAAUUUGCAAAAACAUGUAAGGACACACACAGGAGAAAAGCCUUACAAAUGUAGUCAGUGUAGUUUCGCUGGUGCCCACAAAUCUAGUUUGCAAGAACAUGUAAGGAAACACAAUGGAGAAAAGCCUUACAAAUGUGGACAGUGUAGUUACGCUGGUGCCAAAAAAUCUAAUUUGCAAGAACAUGUAAGGACACACAAAGGGGAAAAGCCUUACAAAUGUGGUCAGUGUAACUAUGCUAGCAACAACAAAGGUAGCAUGCGAGUCCAUGUAAGGACACACACAGGGGAAAAGCCUUACAAAUGUGGUCAGUGUAGUUUCGCUAGUACCCAUAAAUCUAAUUUGCAAAAACAUGUAAGGACACACACAGGGGAAAAGCCUUACAAAUGUGGUCAGUGUAGUUACGCUAGUGCCCGAAAAUAUUAUUUGCAAGUUCAUGUAUGGAAACACACUGGGGAUAAGCCUUACAAAUGUGGUCAGUGUAGUUUCGCUAGCGCCUAUAAAUCUCAUUUGCAAGAACAUGUAAGGACACACACAGGGGAAAAGCCUUACAAAUGUGGUCAGUGUAGUUACGCUAGUGCCGAAAAAUAUAAUUUGCAAGAACAUGUAAGGACACACACAGGGAAAAAGCCUUACAAAUGUGGUCAGUGUAGUUACGCUAGUGCCCAAAAAUCUCAUUUGCAAGAACAUGUAAGGACACACACAGGGGAUAAGCCUUACAAAUGUGGUCAGUGUAGUUACGCUAGUGCCCAAAAUUUUCAUUUGCAAGAACAUGUAAGGACACACACAGGGGAAAAGCCUUACAAAUGUGGUCAGUGUAGUUACGCUAGUGCCAAAAAAUAUAAUUUGCAAGAACAUGUAAGGACACACACAGGGGAAAAGCCUUAUGAAUGUGGCCUAUGUGGCCAGUGUAACUAUGCUAGCAACCACAAAUGUGCCGUGCGAGUCCAUGUAAGGACACACACAGGGGAAAAGCCUUACAAAUGUGGUCAGUGUAGUUUCGCUAUUACCCAUAAAUCUAAUUUGCAAAAACAUGUAAGGACACACACAGGAGAAAAGCCUUACAAAUGUAGUCAGUGUAGUUUCGCUGGUGCCCACAAAUCUAGUUUGCAAGAACAUGUAAGGAAACACAAUGGAGAAAAGCCUUACAAAUGUGGACAGUGUAGUUACGCUGGUGCCAAAAAAUCUAAUUUGCAAGAACAUGUAAGGACACACAAAGGGGAAAAGCCUUACAAAUGUGGUCAGUGUAACUAUGCUAGCAACAACAAAGGUAGCAUGCGAGUCCAUGUAAGGACACACACAGGGGAAAAGCCUUACAAAUGUGGUCAGUGUAGUUUCGCUAGUACCCAUAAAUCUAAUUUGCAAAAACAUGUAAGGACACACACAGGGGAAAAGCCUUACAAAUGUGGUCAGUGUAGUUACGCUAGUGCCCGAAAAUAUUAUUUGCAAGUUCAUGUAUGGAAACACACUGGGGAUAAGCCUUACAAAUGUGGUCAGUGUAGUUUCGCUAGCGCCUAUAAAUCUCAUUUGCAAGAACAUGUAAGGACACACACAGGGGAAAAGCCUUACAAAUGUGGUCAUUACGCUAGUGCCCAAAAAUCUCAUUUGCAAGAACAUGUAAGGACACACACAGGGGAUAAGCCUUACAAAUGUGGUCAGUGU